AGAUAGAGACAGAGGCAGAGAUUCUCUGGCGUAAGUUCAAACGGGAACUUGCCGGUGUUGUGACGGGACUUUCUCUUGUGUGGUUCAAACCCAGUAGGCCGUCGUGAUUGAAGCGUUCAGACUCCUCCGGCUCUCGUUGAAUCUGGGUUUUCCUCUCGUGGCUUUGCCAGCCAAAGCUACGCUGCACAAAACUUCAUGAGUGGAUCAAGCAGCUCCACAUCAUCGCGCGAUCAGGUUGAUGAUGGGGCCAUUUCGCCUGUCCACGAGUACAUUAAGACCUUGGAAGAGUUGGUACUACGCCUCAAGACUGAUCAUGAAGCAAGAAGAUCAGCCCCGGAUUCAGCUGAAAGGCAUCCUGCACUACUCGAAGAGCAUGCGGCGAGCAUCAACAACUUCACUACAGACUUGGCAUUGCUGCAAAGCCUACAGCUAGCUGACAAACAGGUGGAGCUGUUGAUAGAGGAGGACAAUGAACUCCUGGCCCUCUGUGCAGAGAAUCAACGAAUAUGCGAAGAGGUCAUGAAGAAAAGGCAGGAGCUUGAAGAGGCCAAUGCAAACAUAUCGAAGUUGAAGAGUGCUUACCAUAGUUAUAUUGAUAAGAAGUUUUCAUCAAACAGAAGGCUGGAUCAAGGAGGCAAGCCUUCAGUGGAAAACAAAAGAAAGCUGCAAAAGGAGCGACACAAGCUGAAAGUUCUCAACAACAUCCUCUUGCAGGUUUUAACCUCAUCUACAAUUGACUGGGCAAAACACGAACGCCUCGUUGAGCUACUUGAUGAGAUAUCCAAGUUUUUAUGAGUGUACUUGCAGCUUUAUUGCAUUGUUACUAAAAAGAAAGACAUGUUUCAGGUAACUUUAGUGUAUAUUUUCAAGUGAAAGCCUUAUUAUCUUGCCUUUUUCAUCCAAAUGAUGAGACAUCCAGAAAACACGUUCACUAGGUAGACGCUGAACCAAUCUAAAUUAAUGUUAUUUCACUUACAUGAAAAAGUAGAUUUUCAAUGACCGAAUGAAACUAACAGGGUUAAAAAUAAAACUGUGCAAGAAACACAGGACGGUGCUCCAGCUCCCGACUGAAAACCUUAUUUCACAAAAAAGUUGCCUGUGAACCAUAGAACAGUCACAACAGGUAAACAAGAACAAAAAACAAAACAAAAAACUGACAGAAGUUUGAAUUGUACAGUGCAUGCCCUAGUAUAGCAGUUUAAAUGAAAAGUGCCUCAAGUGAUCCAGUGCGACACAUUGUGUUAGUUGCUGGCUGGCAGCCACCAUGCAUCACAUGAUGUCCAACAAACUUGGGAGCCUUAGUUCUUGCAAUGUAUACCACCUUAUUUAUUUUCCACAUUUUCCUUGCGCAUUUAUUUUUGUUAAUUCAAUAAACCACCAUUUGGUAGUCAGCACU